AUGUUCUACAUCACCAUCUCCUCACCAGAGACAAUGUUCAAUGUGUUGUUGAAAAUGUUGUUUGAUGUGUGUGAUGUAGAUCAUCUUCCUCUCAGACUGAGUGGAGGGAAGGGUUUGUGUUCGGGGAGACUGGAGGUUUAUCAUAACUCUGUGUGGGGUUCAGUCUGUGAUGAUCUGUGGGACAUCAGAGAUGCUCAGGUGGUCUGCAGGCAGCUGGGUUGUGGAGCAGCAUUGAGUGCUGAUGGGAAUGAAGCGUUUGGUGCUGGUGAAGGUGUUGUGUGGAUGAACAGAGUCGAGUGCAGAGGGACUGAGAUUCACCUGUGGGACUGUCCUCAUGUCCUGAAAAAUCACACUGACUGCUCACACAAAGAACAAGUUAGACUCAUCUGUGCAGGGAGUCUCAUCUCUGAAGAACAGCAUUCUGGAUAUGAAGAUGAAGAUGUGAGGAAGAAGUCAAUCAGAGUAGGAGGGACUGUGUGACUCAAUAACCACGCCCCCACAUCCCCAUGUCAUUAAAUCAUAUUACAGCUUAUAAUCAUUUAAGUGACUAAGGGGCGGUUUCCCGGACAGGGCUUAUAUAAAUCCCAGACUAAAAUGCAUGUUUAAGCUGCUUGAAUUUAUAAACAACCUUGUCCUUUUUAAUUUUAACAUAUUUCAUUGACAUUGUUUUGUCUUAAGAUGCACACCUGUAUUGUUUUUUUAGGUAUGUUUGUAAAAACGUCUUAAAUUACCUAAUUUUAAUAAGGCCUAGUCCUGGAUUAACCUAAACCCUGUCCGGGAAACUGCCCUAACUGUUGUUAUCAAAGCCAUAUAUAUACAGUGCCUCAUAUGUCAAAUAUUUUUAUAUUUUUGCAUUUAUUUAGUACAGAUAUAAGUUACAAAUGUACUACAUACAAAAUUUUUAUGGCUCUAUGUUGGAAGAGAUUACAUUAAGAUAAAACUCUUACUCGCCUAACUGUGGUAAAACUAUCCACAUACAAACCAAUGCAAUGUCAUCUGCGUAUUUCAUAAGCAAUAAUUUGUCACUAUUAAAGGUCAACUCAUCCAACUUAUUUGUGGAUGGAUGUAAUCAUGAUGAUCAGUUUUCCUCCGGUCACUUAUCCUGUCAGUUUCUCCUUUAUCCUCAUCAUUAUCUUUAAAUACAACGACUCUUUCUUCUUUGGAGGAGCCAGACCUUGUUGGAGCUGAGGACAGAUAAGGGAUGAGUAGUGUUAAUAUCUAAAUGGUGCUUGAGAUCCAGAAAAAAUUAAAACAUCAGAUUCAUGUACAUGUUUACAAGUAUAAGUCCAAGGAACUAAAACUGAAUAAUAUAAUGUAAAAUAACAUAUAAACUGAAUAUACUGUAUAACUCUACUGUAGAUUAAUUCUUGUAAAAGAUGUUAUUUAAAGAGUAACUAAACCCUAAACCAACUUUUUUUAGUUAAUGAUCUGUAAGAAUGGGGUUUUAUUAGUACUGUUCAUUGAUUUUAGUAAGUUUUUUGACAUUUGGAUAUAAAGUGUUUCAAUACUACAAUAUAUGGUGUAAAAACGUCUGAGUGCUGCCCUCUUCAGGUUGAACGGUGGCUACUGCAGUUGAAUUUUCCUAUUGGAUGUUGGGUCCAAGAAAUAACGUAAGCAGGUUCAAGCUCACCACGCCCUUGUUACGAUCUCACCACACACUUAGUUCGUCCCCUCUAUCUCCGUUGGGAUCUGCCCACUUUUCUUGCAUUUUUCAAAUAUUGCAGUGGGUGGAGUCAGGCUCUGACCAGGGGUUUAGUUACUCUUUAA